GCCCAUCAUACCUGAGUGGCGCGCGCCGCGGUUGCCAGGUGCGGCGGGUCUUCCGGAGCGCCGUGACGCGGCAGAGGAGUCGGACUUUCCGCGGACAGAUCCGAGAGGCUCCAAAAGUGGUGACAACAAAACCAGCGCAGAGACGCCGCUUUCUGUGGGUUCAUUAGAGCGCAGGUGCAGCCGCCGCCGGGAUGAGGGGGGCUCUGGUUCCAGGGGUGCUCCUGCUGCUGUCCACAGCGGUCUGGUGUGACGACCCGUCUCCACCUGGAAAACCCGUUCUGACUGCAGAGAGCUGCAGGUCCCCCGAGAAGGAGACGUUUACGUGCUGGUGGACCCCCGGAUCUUCAGGAGGACUGCCGACUGUCCACCGCCUUUUCUACAAGAAAGCGAGUUAUGAAAAAGAGCUGGAGUGUCCCGACUACCGCUCUGGAGGAAGAAACUCCUGCUUCUUUGACAAGACUAUCACCAGCCUGUGGGAGGAGUUCGAGCUGACCGUGGUGGCCGCCAACGCCCUCGGCGACGCCACCUCGGACACCCUGAAGAUCGACGUCAUGGAUGUGGUGCGACCGUACCACCCCAAAAACUUGGCUCUCCGGGUGAAGCAGAGCAACGACAACCCCUACCUGUACAUCAGCUGGCAGAGCCCCCUGAAUAAAACGAAUACGUUCGGUUGGGCCACCAUCAAAUACGAGCUGGGAGUCAGACCGGAGAAGAGCAAAGAAUGGAAGAUUUAUGACACAGGAUUACAAACCAACUUCAGCCUGCACACGGUCGACCCCGGGGCGACCUACGAGGUGCAGGUGAGGUGCACUCUGGACCACAGCCGCUGGAGCGAGUGGAGCCCCGCCGCCUCCAUCAAGAUCCCCAUCAAUUCUCAGAAGGACAAACUGCUGUGGGUCCUGAUACUGGUCUCCUUGAUUCCACUGCUGACUGCCAUCUGUGCUCUGGUUGUAAGGAGGAAUUCGGUGAAGCAGUGCCUCCUCCCUCCCGUUCCUGGUCCAAAGAUCAUCGGAGUCGACCCUAAACUUCUCAAGAGUGGGAGGUCUGAGGAUGUGGUCAGCGCGCUGUUUGGGAACCAGAAGCUGGUGAACAUGAAGGCGAGGACGGAGGAGAUCGAGGAGUUCAUCAGCGUGUCGGAGAGCCGGGGCUGGCUGCUGUCUGAUGACUUCCUGUCGGAGAAGGUGAGGAGCCUGAUCAUCCCCAACGGCUUCCUCUUCACCUCCAAGAGCCAGGAUGUGGAAAAGGCCGAAGACGGCAGGGAGGAUCCGCUCUUCGACACCAGAUCGUCUCGGUCGGGGGACAGCGGGACCGCCGUGGAGCCGCUACUGCUCCCGCCUGAGCCUCAAAGUGUGAACCCGGUGAGCAAAGACGCCGCCUGCAGGAGCGCCAUGCAGUGCCCCCCUCCCACCAGCUACGUGGACAUCCCCACACCCGAGGACGGCGGGGCGCCGGAGGUCCCCUCGGACAACUACAGCCGAGUGAAAGGCGUGAGCGGCGAGGACAUCCUCCUGGAGAAAGAGCCGGUCCUGCCGUGCCGGGAUGCUCAGAUCCAGCAGAUCAGCAUGGCAAGCGACUACAGCAGGGUCGCAGAGGUGAACAGUGACACCACGGUGCUGCUGCAGAAGCUCCGCCCCUCGGCUGACCCCUCCUGUAAGGAGAAGCAGCUCCGUGAUGCGGAAUGGAAGGUUUGCAGAAAAGGAAAGCCUUCCGGGACUGAAUCCAGCGAAGGACCAUGCACGCCGCUGGUUGGAAGCGGAUACGUGGACUCUGUGCUAAAUUUCACUGUGAAGUGAUUUGUCGUCAUGACAACAAACAUCACGUUUUUUUGUUUGGCUUUUGAUCACUGAUGGACUCUUGGAUAAAGACGUUCAAAGACGCCAGCAUGAACCUCCAGAGUAGAAUUUAUAAUUUAUGUUGCCUCGAUCAGAAUAGAAGUGACUGACGAUCAUCCGACUGCAGACGCGGAUGAACGGAUCUCCAGGAGGUUCAUUCUCAGACGGAUCUCCAGGAGGUUCAUUCUCAGACGGAUCUCCAGGAGGUUUAUCCCUCUAAUUGCUUGUUUCGCUCGUAAUCACCGCAUUGUUGUGACGUUUUCAGCAUUUGUUUCAAAGAUCAGCUGUAGAGACAGCAGCUGACCGUGGCUUUAAGCGCUCACACGUUUGACGUGUCCUUCAUCUGACGUCACGCCUCCUCCUCCUCCGCCUCCUCCUCCUCCUCGCUGUUGUAGCUCGUGAUGUUACCUCCCCAGGUAUGUCAGGCUUUGGCUGUGCGGUUUGGAAGUCCUUCUUCUCUUUUGAACGACCUCGUGGGUGAUUAAAUCUUUACAAUCCA